AUGGCGUCUCUGAACGUGGGGGUCUUGGGCCACGUCGACUGCGGCAAGACUUCUUUGACAAAACGUAUAGCUGAGGUUCACGGCAAAUAACAAACUUUCGGAAAAAUAGAUUCUAGAUUGCUUCAACAUCAGCUUUCGAUGCUCAUGCUCUUAAAGGAGGAAGGAAAAAUACUUUGGAUCUGGGGUUUGUUCUUUAUUUUUUUUUUCUCUUUCAGAUGCUUUUAUAGGGAAUAUGUUUGGAAAUUAUUGUUGCGAUUUUUGAGAGGUAUAUAGUCAGUUUACUAUUCGUGAAGUUUCUGUGGCAGAAUCAGAGCUCGUAAUUCCUGCCGCAGCUCGUCAUUCCAAUAGAGUCUUCUAUCGGAUUUUUUUUUUUUGCAAAGAAGCCGUUUUUUGAGUGGUUUUAGAGCUCCACAAAAAUUUUCUGAAUGAAAAAAAGUCUAACCCAUGCACGAGAGUUUCAGUUUCGAAAUCUUUUUUCAGUAUACGGUUUGAGAAAAAAAAAGUAGUUCUCUGUUUAACAAAAAUGUAGCGUACAGCUUUAGGUGUCAGGCGGCUCUUUUUUUGUUCACGUGAACUUUUUUCAAAAAAUGAAUUUACGAAUUUCCAACGAAAUCAAAUGGAACAACCGUGUUCGAAGUAAUUUCCGCGAAAUGCGAAAUUGUCUCUGACUCUCAAAAGUUUAGUUAUCUUUUUCUUUCUCUGACGACCAUUUUGCAUUUCGCGGAAUCACUUUGAACACGACAUUAGGAAAAUGAAAAUAACCAGAUUCUCCUCGAUGACAAUUUCUGGCCGAAGACUCGCUCUGAUUGACUGUCCAGGCCACGCUGCGCUGAUCCGCGCUGUACUCGCAGCAAGUACAGUUUUCGACAUAGCCAUAGUGGUUUUUGUUGCUUUUUUUUUCUACUUCGAGAUCCUUCUUUUCGUAGGUAGUCGACGCUUCGAAUGGUGUUCAGCCUCAGACUGCCGAACACCUUCUUCUGUGCUCCAUUUUCUGUCCAAACCGAAUAGUUAUCGUUCUCAACAAGAUAGAUCUCAUCGAGAAAUCGAAAGUGGAGUUUUUGCAGUUCUCUUCAUAUUCUCAUCGUUUUUAAGAUUCCAGAUGUUGAGAAACAAGUUAGAAAGGCUCUGAAAGCGGUUGGAGUGAGCUCUGAUAGCUCCAUUGUUGCCAUGUCGCUGAAUGAUUCUCAUUUUGCCCAAGGUUUUUUUCACACAUAAAUGAGCGUUCAAAAAAGUCCAUUAUGUAGAAGGGAAAGGCUUUAAAUUACAAGAAAGGUCAUUUAACUUUGGGGUUUCCUGAUAAUCGGUCAGAUCGCUACUUGAUGUACCAAAUGUAGAAUCUGGAUGACUCAAUCUGCACAACUCUCUAGUUUUCGAGGAAUAAAGGCUCAAAGCCUCAAAAUGGUCAAUUUUUACGAAUUUUUAGUGUUUUCCUUGACUUUAAGGGGUACUUUCUCAAAAACUAGGAAGUUGUACAGGUUAGGACUUUCACAAAUCUUUGUCUGGUACAUCAAGGUGUAUUUUGGUCAAUUUUCAAGUAAUUCCCAAACGCAAAGAAGAAUGUCCUUCCUUGUUAGAGAUAAGUUAGGGGAAAGUUUAUCACUUCAUUUAGUAGAUAUUUUUUCUUUAGAAUCAAUUGAAAAACUCAAAGAAGUUCUCAGCCAAAUGAUCUUCGAACCCCUCCGAGCUUGUGAAAAAAAGUUUUGGGACUGAGUUGUAUCCGGUGGCAAUACCUUUUUCAAGGAUGAUUCUGGCCGCCGACCACUGUUUCAACAUCAAGGGAAAAGGAGUUGUGAUCACUGGUACGGUUUUGCAAGGAAUAUUACGGUAGGUCACUUUUUAGGUCAGAGACUGAAAAUACUUUCUAGAGUGAAUGAGGAUUUGGAAAUUCCCAAACUUCAAGUGCUACGUAAACCGAAAAUGUUGGAAACCUGGAAACAACCUGUUGAAGAAGUGCCGUCUAUCUUCCUGAAACGGUGAUAAGAGCACAGUUUAAGGUGAGAGCUGGGGAACGUGCUGCCGUUUUGGUGUCAAAUAUCGAUGCUGAUUCGUUUUCCAGGACCUUGAGUUAGUGAGGCCAUACCCUUGACAGCCCUUUUUUCUUCUUUUCAGUCGCUUCUCCAGGAUCCCUCCGAUCCCUGAGCCGCUGUAUAGCUUCGGUAGAGCCCGUACCAUUCUUUCGAUCCUCCCUUCUUUCUGGCACAAAAAUGCAUAUAUCGAUAGGUUUCGAAACGGUUAUGGCAGAGUGUCAGUUCUUGCGUCCGCAACCAGAAUGCCCUGAUGAGUUCGAGCAGGUUAGCGACUAUUUUGAAAAGAUUGAAACGCUGGAGAGGGGGUUCAGCUCCGAUCGAUGGAGUCUCCGUGUGUGGUGCAGCUCACUUUCGAAAGAGCUGUGUUCGUGGCGGACGAGGGCAACAGUCCGUGUUCCUUCCUGAUGGCGUCGCGUCUCGAGCAGCAGCGCAAAGGCUGUCGAUUUGCUUUUCACGGACGCGUUUUGAAGGUAGUCCAUUGUUUUAAAUUUCAAGUUUUGUACGCAAUUUUUUUCCAAGCUCUUGAAGUUUCAUCGUCCAACAACUUCUUACUAAAUAUUUUCCAAAAUAAAUUACUGGAGUUUCGAGGUGAUAAUUGACUCACCCGAAUCAGAGACUAAAGCAUAUUGGCCGCAGGCGAUCUAGCCAAGGCUUCUUGCUGUUGCUAUAUCGCUCUAAUAAGUUCAACAAAAAUACGACAGCCGCGUAAGAAUUUCACCGCGAAAGUUUUUUUGGGAAAUCCUUUAAGAGGAGUCGCACUUUGACCAUUGCCAUCGCACUGCAAGGCGCUAGCCACUACACUACGCAACCAACUUCGGUCAAAGGCGCUUAGGCGAGCCAAUUCCCCUCUUGUCAUUCAUCACUGAUUUAGGGUGCAAACUUUGAAGCUUCAUAACUCGAAAACAAGAAUAAUUGUGAGAAAUUUUUACCUUAUGGAAUCAGGAAGUCUUAAAGUACACCUCGGCAAAUUUUCAUCAAAAGGUCAACCGGGGGGUAAAAACAGUUCUUUAGUGAGACUUAGUCCAGAAAAUUGAUUGCUUGCCGGGUCUGGUACCAUUUCCGUCGAAAGAAUUUAUAAAAGAUCUCACAAAUUAUUGAUUUUUUCAUACGUUUUCUUUCUAAACACUUUCAGAUUGUCGAUGAUACAACGUCAUUGAAGCGGUUCACUCGGAAAUGCAGACAAGUGUGUUUUCCUGUCGUCUCCCACUAUUGAAAAGAGACGUUAAGGGAGUCGUUGAGAGGGUCGAAGGAGGACGCCGAACGGCGAUCUGUUGCGGAAUGCUCAAAAAAGAGACAAAGAUUGAGCUAUUCAAGAACAUGAUUGUGAUUUUUCCUGUUUUAUCGUGAAUGUGAAUUUGGUUCAGGUGCAACUCGAAACUGGAGAAGAGGGGCGGAUUGAAGGGUCUUUCGGACGGAAUGGAAAAAUCAGACUCACAUUUUCCUCCGCGUUACCAGACUCCUUGCCAUCAAAUGUUGUAGUGAAACUUUGUUUCAAGAAAUAUUUACCAUCUGGCAAAAUUAUAAGCUACAUUCCUGAAAACACAAGAAGCGACGCAUGUUCCGCAGUAUCAUAAAUUUUUUUUCAUUUUUUUUUUUCAUUUGAUCAGGGCGUAGAUCGCUUCGUUAUCUAAACUUUUUUCAACGUUUCUGACGUCUCUGAUGUGAAAAUGUUAGUUUACAUGUACCAAGUCAAACUAUUUGUUACGACUUUAAACAGUCUAAUCUGUCUGCGUCCUCUUUUCUCUAACCUCAUGAAGACGGUCUGUUAACAAGAGAGCGAGUGGUGCUGAGGAAAAAAAGCGCUGCAAAAUUUAUCAAACGAUUUUUCUGACCAAAAAAUGCAUUUGAAACCGUCGAAUAGAGAUUGUCACAGAAGAAACGCCAAAAACCUGUUGAAGAUCAAAGAGCUAACGUUUCAGUGGCUAUGCUGUCACAACGCCUCGUUCGAAUAGUUCAAUCCCGAUGUUUUUCCAAGUUUCGAAAAGCUGGUAUGCUCAAGUAAACGCAGUUUUAACAGAUUCUCGAACGAGGCCAAUUCAGCGUCGACAGUCGAAAGAGCUGUUGAGUUCGACGAGGACGGGUUUUAUUUGUCGGCAUUGUUUUUUUUUUCAAACAGAUUUCAGACUUCCAAAAGAUUACAAAGCAAAGACUUUAAAAGCUGGGAGCCGUCGUCUGGACACUUUUCUUAACCGCGCCACCGGCAAAAGCAGCUCGUUUGUCUUCUUUGUUUUGCAGCUGAAUAUCACCUGGUUCAGACAGAUCGAAAAGUUGAUCAUGGGCGGCAAGGUGCGCGUUAACGAAGAAGUUCACACGAAGAAAGCGUACAAUGUUAGUCUGUUCUUGUUUUUACUCAAAUUUUCACGCUGGUUUCUUAAGGUUCAAAAGAAGGAUAUAGUUGAUGUUUGGAAUAAAGCGUAUCAAGAAAACGCUGUUUUAGCCCACGUCGAGAGAACGGAGGUUUGAUAACUUAUUUCCUCUUUUUUUUCAUUCAAAACAGUUCUAGGGUGCUCAAAACAAGAUCAUAGUUCAAUUUUAAUUGCAAAAAAUUUUGCUCUGUCCCCCACGUGCUGGAGAUUUUCAGAGAUCUGUUUCGAAUGAAUUAUAAAAACUGAUUGAAAAUUUGAAUUAUCAGAAAAAAAAUUUUAAGAUUGUCGAUUACGAAGUCACUGAACAAGGAUACUCGUUUCAAGUGAAGAGCUGGCGGAACUUUUUUGGCCGAUAA